UUGUGAGUUCUGUUUAUUUUUGUGAUUAGUCAUGUCAUGAAACGACGUUAAUUUUUUAUGUAAAUGUGAUUUUCUUUCGUUAUGAUGAUUGUACGGGUUGUGAAAAAUCAUCUUGGUAGGUACUGCAGUUUAUAAAAUCGUAUUUGAAGGAAGUCAAGUAUAAAGAUUGCAAAAUGAAUCAAGGAUAUUCAAGAAAAGUUAAGAAACACCCUGAGCAUUGCUGCCUUUCAUUAACUUGAAGUUUAAAAAAAAAAAAAAAAAAAUGUACUGUCUGUAUAUAUAUUUCAUGAAAAGGGUAAUUGUUCAGAAGACACCUGUACAUCUGCUACGGGUGUGCUGCUGAGCCGCAGAGCAUCCGUGUAUGCCAGCGGUAAUAAAGGCCAAGAAAGUCAUGGCAAGUUCAGGCUACACACGAGUUUUGGUUCAUCUGAGAAAGACCUCUGCAGUGGAAUCCUACCAAAAGGCCAAGUUUAGUGAAUGUAUAUUAGAUUUCCUAGGAUUUGGUGGAGAUGGCAUGGUGGAAUGUCACUUAGAAGACAAUAGACUCCUCAUCCAACCUUCUGCAGUGGAGAGCAAUUUGGAGAAUGCAAAGACGGCUACAAAUGUGAAGAAAACUCCCUCUUAUAAACUGGUGCACCCGCCAUUCUGCCCUGUUCAGCAUCUCGAUGAGGAUGGAAUAGCAUCAUUAGACCCAGAAAUCUACAACAGAGGUGUAGAUGUUGGAGUUGCAGUCAUUCUUGAAUCAAGUGAUAACCGUUUGCUGUUGACUAGGAGAGCACCCCACAUGAGGACAUUUCCAAAAACAUGGGUUCCUCCAGGGGGCCACAUAGAGGAAGGAGAGACUUUAGAAGAAGCUGCACUCAGAGAGCUAGAAGAGGAGACAGGACUUGUUGUCACACCUACUGAGAAAAAGACCAGUAACAUUUUAGGUCUCUGGGAAUCAGUUUAUCCUCCUGUGCUCCCAAUGGGGCUUCCCAAGAGACACCAUAUUGUUGUCUACUUGCAUAUUGUACUUGACAGGACAUCGCAGGAUUUGCAGAAUAACUUCAAGUUGUGUGGAGAGGAGGUAGAUGCAGCUGUUUGGUUAUCACAAGACCUUGUCAGGUUGUCAGUGUGGAGAAAUGAUAGCAGUUCUGAUGCAGCUGAUGAAUUACCUGUAAAGAAUGAAGAGAUCCCAUUAACCUUGGUUAAUCGUGCUGGAGAACAUGCAUCUGGUUAUCUUGAUUCAGAAAUUUUGAAAGAGAAGACAUCGAAUGAGGACUUGAAAAGAGAGAGAGUCAGCACUGGAAGCAGGUAUGCUUUGGCUUUGUGGUUGGAAAAGAAAUCAUUAAAUGUGAACAGAACAUCAAAUAGUCUCCAGAAAGAUUUAUACAAGCAAUUUCUUAUGAAGGAUGAUCAUGCUAAAGAAACUGAUACAUCCAAAGCCUCAAACUUGUGAUUAAUUCUUUUAUUCUUGUCUAUGCCAAAGUCAAUGUACGCCAUCAAAUGCUUUUAAUUUUCUUUAUGAAGGUAUUAGUACCAUGCAUUUUUUAAAAUAACUUAAACUUUCUAGGUGGUAUAAUUAUGUAGAACAUAGAUUAUCAAUUUUGUUUGGGUGGUACAGACAAGUCAGAAAAAAAAAUAUAUAAACAGGCCAUUCAAAUAUAUAAAUAUACUAAUUUUAGAUGAACAUUAAUUUAACUUUUGAAUUAAGUGCAGCAUAUAACCUCAGGGAAUAUGAUUACGCGUAAAUAUCUCUACAAGGGCUUACUCAGAGGGGUCAUUUACUAGGCCCAUCUGAUCUCCCCCAUUUACCCUAUUCUUUGAAUUUUUGGAUUUUGUUUUCCAUUAUUACAAUCAGUAUUGUUAAUAAUGUUAUAAUAAUAAUAAUAGUAAUAAUAAUAUCAACAGUGUUAAUAACAAUAAUAAUGCUAUUAGAAAUACAGACUAUUUUCACAAAAAAUCAUAGAAUAGGGUAAACAGGUGGACAGGUAAGUCUAAUAAUUGCCUCCUCGAUAAUCCAGAAUUUGUGAGGUUACAUACCUGUUAACAGAACUGACAAAAAACUUCAGUGCAUUUACCUGGCACCAGUGAGAUUAUAUCAUUAUUGUAUUGCUGUAUACUGGUCUGCAUAUAUACUUCUCAAUAACAACAAACAAACAAAUAUUUAUGUUGCCAAAUUAGAAACAUUGUCAAUAAGGCUGAGAGGAGGAAAAAUGACUGUAGCUGAUGAAACAAAAAUUGUUUGUUAGUAAAUGAUUAGUCAUUUGGUCAUUAUGUGCUUCAGGGACAUGUCCUGAAGUUUGUGUUGUAUAUUAUAUGUAAAUAAAAAAAUAACAUGUAUUGUUUCUACUUUUUGUAUGAAAAUUACAAAACUUGAUAUCUGAGUUCAUGUAAAGAAGAGGAUUAAUUUGAGUAUGAUCCCAAAAAUAGAAAAAUUAAAUAGAGUAUACAUGAUGCUCUUUGCUUGAUAAUUACUGUAAAAGUGUGAAAUGCUAUGCUAUGGAAUGGACAAUUACAUAGCUAUGAAUAUAUUUUAGAACAAAACAAAAACAAAACAUGGAUAAUUAAAAAAUGAAGUGUAUGGGAAGGCAUAACAUAUAAAGCUAAGCUGUGCACUGAGUAACAAUUUUGCUGCACAUUACUUUACCCAGUAUGAACUAUAUCUUUGUUCAAAUUAUGUGACGCAUAAUUUCAAUGGAGUCAUCGCAGUAGUAUAACACUGACUUUGCUCUUCAGUUUGCUCUUUAAUGGAUAUUUUGCUGUAGCAAGUGUUGCCAUGCAACAUAAGUGUAACAAGUGUUUAGCAUGCAAACCCAGACAUUACUGAUAUUUAUAGUAAAUUAAAUAACUUGCUGAUAUCUAGUACAUUUUUCAGAUAUGCCAUGGACCUCUGGUUGGAGAAGAAGGCAGACCACAGACUAUAGUUAGAAGCUGCAUAUUCAAAAUUCAUAAGAUCAGUGAUUCCUAACAUAUUAGAAAAAUAAUGGCAAAGAAAUACAUACAAGUUGAUUUAUCAUAUUGUGAAAUAACUAAUAAUUUUAUGUGUGAAUAAUGCAUGUGCAGCUAUACUAUAACAAAGGACAGCAUGAAUAGGUGCAGGCCAAUAUACUGUGCUGUGAUAUUACUUCUGCAUUGUAAUUCUAUAAUUAUCUUGAGUACAAAGACGUAAACAUAUUUGUAGGAUUGACUAUAAGAAAUUUCUCUUAUAUGGUUAUAUCUUGCAAUUUCCCUUGUAUUUUUGGUAUAGGGAGUGCAACUGAAUUAAUACAUGUUUGCUUAAUCAUUAUUCAUAAUAUGAUCAUAAAAGGAACCACCAACUGUAUCUUCUAACACAUUUUCUUCUGUUGUUGUUGUUAAUGGAAUGUAAAUGUGAUAAAACCAUAAUGAAGCAUUUGUAUCUAUGCUUAAUUAAUUGCAUAACUGUUUAAUUACAUUAUUUUUUUAACAUUGCUUUGCUUUGCAGAUUUCCAAAAAGUUUAAAUCAAUUUGCAAGUGGAAAGUAAUUUUGAAACCAUAUGGUUAACUCAGCUAUAGUCAAUGCUCACUAGGAUUAUGGUUGCAUACAUUUCCAUUAAUAAAAAAAAAAUAGUUGGAUAUAUCUUUCACACUAGGCUUCUACAUAGCCACUUUUGCUAUAUUUUUAUGCCUUUGUAAUCUGAAGAUAAUUCCUAUUCAAUUUUGUUCUGAAGAAAUGUAAAAGAAAUGUAAUAAUGCUAAAUGAAAAUACUCCAUAUA